AUGGACGCCAUUAAGAAGAAGAUGCAGGCCAUGAAGAUCGAGAAGGUCUCUUAUUUUAUUCAUUUUUUGAAAGAAUUUUAUACAAAAAAAUACUUGAUUUGGUAUUUUAUUCAUAUUGUUUUUUCAGGACAACGCUCUCGAUCGGGCCGAUGCCGCUGAAGAAAAAGUCCGCCAAAUCACUGAAAAACUCGAAAGAGUCGAAGAAGAACUCAGAGACACACAAAAGAAAAUGAUGCAAACUGAAAAUGAUUUGGAUAAGGCUCAAGUAAGAUUUUAAUGGGAACUUUAUUUUACAACAUUUAAGAGCAUAAUUUUAUUUUGCAGGUGCAACCUUUUUUAGUAAAUGUUGCACCUGAUGAACAGCUGGUUCAGAAUUUAACAAUAAAAUGAACCAAUUAUUUUUACACGUGAACUAUAUACGUGGCAAUUUAGAAAUAUCAGCAUUUCCAAUUUUUAUAGGAGAAAUGUGAAUCUUUUGAUAAAAUGGAAUUCAUCUCAUUUGCUUUAAUUGGGUUUUAUUAAUUUAUAUAUCAAUAAAAAUCUAGUCAUAAGGUAUGAGAAAUUAAACUAUUCUUUUUAUAUGAAUGUUUAUUUGGAUCAUUUUAAAGGAGUAAUGAACAACCUAAUUUUGAACAAAAAUCGAGUGUUCGAUUCCUUACUGUUCCCUUUUCCGUCCUAUAGAAACUUUUUCUCAGUUGAAUUAGUCAUUAAUCUCAAAAGAUGAUGUUUUAAGAAUUAAUAUAAGUAGAAUGAAAAUAGUUCUGAAUUUCUAUUUUUUCUAAAUAAAAAGUUUCUGAAAAAGUAAUAUUCAAUUUUCCCAUUUUAUCAUUUUUUACGAAAAGAAAAAAGCUUUUAUUGAAAUAUUUCAAUAUUAGAUUUUUCUUCUUACACUUUUUUUUGACGCUUAUUGAAUUUUGGUAAAAAUAUUCCCGGGAUUACUGUAGUUACUCAACUUUGUUUGUUUUAUCAAAUUAGACAUAUCCCUUUCGUGAAGGGUUUUUUGGAUUGUGGUGUUUACACAUUUGGAAACUUGAUAAAUUCGAUUUGAAAUAUUUUUUGAAGAGAAAUUCGAAAAAAAUACUUUUACAACAUCAUUAGUGAGGAAAUAUUAUAAAAACUUCAAAACUUCAUUCCCAAAUUUAAACGCUGCCUCGGGUACAAAGAAGUUGUUCAUUUCUGAAAAAAAAAUUAGAUUCAUAAAACUUCGAAAAAAAAUCAAUAUUUGAUUUCAGGAAGAUCUUUCUGCUGCCACCACCAAACUUGAAGAGAAAGAAAAGACUGUCCAAGAAGUGAGUUUUAUUUUUUGAAUUAUUAUUUGCCGAUUUUCUUUUUUGGUUUGUUCGGGUCGGGUUUUCAGGUCUUUUUCAGAUACAAUACGACGGUUCAUUUAUAGGUUUUUGAUUUUCGAAAAAAAACCAAUUUAAUAAAAAACAUAUUUUCAUUCUAAACAAAAAGUGUAAUAAAAACAAUGACUCAUUUUGUUCCGCUUUUGAUAAAUUAUUCCAUUUUUUAUUUGAGAAACUAGGGAAGAAAUAUAGUUUUCGAACUUCUUCUUUUUUUUUGGUUCACAAAGCAUUUUUAUCCCCGAAAAUUUUGCGGCUUUCGAGCUAAAAUCUCACUUGCGCGGGGCAAAUAAUAAAUAGGGAAAAAUUUUGAAGAAGUUCAAUCGCACUCUCUGCGUAUCUCGAUUUUGUAUUGUCUCAUUUCUUGUUCACAGAAAUCUCUCAAGACUUUUGUCGAUUUCUCUCAAUUUUACUCACUAUUUCAACACGUGAUGAUUACAACAAUUUUUCUUGAGAGAAGAAGAAAAGAAGUCGGAGAAUGAGAAGAAGAAGCUGUUUGCUUUACAACACUCAGCUCCCCACGCAUUGUGAUGCCGAGUUUUGUGGCAGCAAUGAAAAAAAAUGAAAAAAAAGGAAGACAAAAAUGUGAACAGGUUAUGAGUUGAAAAGAAAAACAAAUAUUUGAUUGGAUGGUAACCUAAAGUUAAUACAUCAAAUAAUAAAAUUCGAAAUAGAAAUUUGUUUAGUUUCUCCUAGAAAAAUAGUAUAUCUUAAGAUUUUUCCAAAGAAAACAUUUGAUUAAAAAACUUUCUCUCAAAAACUUCUGACCAGAUAAUAAUUUAUCAGUUUUUUCACAAAUCCAAUUUUCCUCUCUGUUUUUUCUUUCAAUCCAAAUACAUACAUCAAUCAUUAAAUACACCCAUGUAUGUAUCUAAUUAGAAAAACGAAGAGAAGAGGGAAAAAAAGGGCCAAAUGUGUUGUCUUCCUCCCAUGGAUUCCAUCCUUUUUUCCUUCUUUAUUCAUCCAACCCAGAACUGGAUCAACCAAUUGAGAAAAAAGUCAGAAACAAGGUUAUUAUUCUAUUAUUAUUAUUAUUAUUAUUAUUAUUAUUAUUGUGUAUUUUUAUUAUGUAUUUCUUCACCUCAAAACAUGUAUUGUUUUAAGUAGAACAUGCGAAUAUCAUUUUUCGGGAAUUUUUUCCGCCAGGUAUUUUAUCGCGUUUAGCGAUCUUUUUGAACCGGAUUCUGAUUUGCAACAAAUAUAGCUUCCGGCAGACAAUUGUCUCUUUUUUUUGAAGAAAUUCCAUCUAAUUUAAUUAUAUUUUAUUAGGUUCAAUACUACUACACUUUUUGAAAUUUCAAUUCUGAUCAAUAAUUUUCAAAAAAUUUAAAAAAUAAAUAUGAAUAUUCACAUCACUAACAAUAAAAACUAUAUAUACAAUCAAAACAAUUUGUUUUGUAUUCUGCGUCUCUUUCUUUCUCCAUUCUUCAGCUUAUAUGUAUUCUCUAGCUAAUAAAAAUUCAGAAGGACCCUUUUCUCCUUUUUACUCAUUUGUCUUUUUUCAUCCACUUUUUUAUUCAACAAAAAUGUAAGAUUCAAUUACAUCUGUACUUUUUGUUUCUUUUUUUGGAAAAUCGAGCCAGAUGAGUCACUAGUAAUUUUUUAUACAAAAAAAGUCAAAUUAGGAACCUGUUUCCAUGCAUUUUUUCAACCAACAUAAAUACUAAUUUCUUAUGUAACCAACCAAUAAUCCUUCUUGUAUAUUUCUCGGCGCGAGAAAAAAAGAAAGAAAAAGUAACAAUUUGGAUGAAAUAUUUACUCAAUGCGCAGUCUGUCCGUUGAGUUUUUCAAGUAUCUCCUUCUUAUCAUUUUUGUGGGUGGAGGCAAAAACGCAAGAACGAAAAAAAAUGGAGAAAACGAAAAGAGGUGGCGCCUAAAAUUCAGUUAUACACACACAAACUGCCAAGAAGGCACAUAUUCCCUCUUUCUCUCAGUUUUCUCAAUUUUAUUCUUGGUUUUUUUGAACAGUUAUAAGUUAGUUUUGUUAUCAGCUACUUUACACUUUUUCGAAAAUUAAUUACUUUUGAGCAAAAUUUUUAUUUCAUCAUUUGUUCUGUUAAAUUUUCUAAAUGUCUGUAAAAAUCUUAAAAAUCUACAGUAAUCCGAAAUCCAUUUUCUAAAAUUUUUAGAACAAUGUUUCUUUCCCUAGAAAUAGUUAUUGCUCAAAUAUUUACUAUUUUCGAACGUCAAAAAUAUUUUCUUAUCAUCACAUUUUCAUUUUUUUUCUUUUCUAUAUUUACAUUUGAGUCAUUCACCCACUCUUUCUUUUUUUUUUCCUUUUUCUCUUUCCGAUUUUUCAAUCCAUCCUAAAUUUUGUUAUUUUUCGUGUAGACCAACCAUGUCGAAGGUUAACAAGGAAGGAGCUCAGCAAACCUCUUUGCUCGAUGUUCUUAAAAAGAAAAUGCGCCAAGCGCGCGAAGAAGCUGAAGCAGCUAAAGAUGAGGCUGAUGAGGUCAAAAGACAAUUGGAAGAGGAACGCAAAAAGCGUGAAGAUGUAGGCAUUUUUUGAAGAAAAAAAGAAAUAUUUCUUAUUUUCUAAAAACUAUAUUAUUAAUGUAUUUAAAACACGUGAGAAAUUAAAAAAAGAUCAAGUGAUGUGAACAGUAUAAGCCCUCAAUUCGUCAGUCGCGAUGCGUAUGAGCGACACGUUUUUAGAAAUGAAAAAUGUCGAGAUCGUAAACUUGAUCUACACUUUUAUUUCUCACGUGUUUUAAUUCAAUAACUACUUAAAAAUAAAUUAAAAUAUAGGCUGAAGCUGAAGUAGCUGCCUUGAACCGUCGUAUUGUAUUGGUUGAAGAAGACUUGGAAAGAACUGAAGAUCGUCUCAAAACAGCGACAUCGAAACUCGAACAAGCCACAAAAGCAGCUGAUGAGGCUGAUCGGUAUUAUUUUUAAAAACUUAUAAGGGUCCCCGGUUAAUUACAGGCUGAAGCUGAAGUUGCUUCUUUGAACCGUCGUAUGACUCUUUUGGAAGAAGAAUUGGAACGUGCCGAAGAAAGACUCAAGAUUGCCACUGAAAAAUUGGAAGAAGCCACACACAAUGUUGAUGAAUCCGAGCGGUAGGCAUUGAAACAAAAUAUAUAUUUGGAAUUUCGGAAAAUACAAAUGCCUACCGUUUCAAUUUUGUGUUGUCUUCUUCCUUUUCAUUUAUUUGUCCUGUCCGUCCAAAAAUGUCUGUUAUUUUACCUGGGUCCAUUGUAUCUUUUUUCUCUUUUUGUAUGUGUUUAUAUGUUUUAGUACUCGCAAAUCAAUGGAAACUCGUUCACAACAAGACGAAGAACGUGCCAAUUUCCUCGAAACUCAAGUCGAUGAAGCUAAAGUUAUCGCUGAAGAUGCUGACAGAAAAUAUGAAGAGGUCUUGUUUUUUUUCUGUUUUUUUAUGUUGAUAAUAUUUGUGUUGCAUGUAUCCUCCUAUAAUCAGGGAACCUUCCACUUUUAAUAUCAAUUAAUAAUUCUCCCCAAUUUAUUCUAAUCCAGAUCUCGAAAAGCAUUGUCAAAUCAAAUUGAAAUGGAUGAUGAUAGAAGUGCUGAAUUGGAACGAAAAUUGCGAGAAUGUCAAUCAAUUUUGAAUGAAACUGAAAAUAAAGCUGAUGAGGUACUGUAACUAUAUGUUCUAACAUAGAUAUAUAUUUUAUGUUACUACUUGUAUAUGUGUUAUUGUCCAUAGGCACAAAAAUUCGAAAAAAUUGAGAUUCAUGAAAUUAUCAAUAUUAUUCUCAAAUUCUCUUUAGUGUCCGAAAAGUCAUGGAAAACCGCUCAUUCGUCGAUGAAGAGCGCGCUAACACCAUUGAAGCUCAACUUAAGGAAGCUCAAUUGUUGGCUGAAGAAGCUGAUAGAAAAUACGACGAGGUCAUUUAUUGAAUUUGAUUUUGAUUUUCUUUGGAGUAGAAUUAAAGAGUGGAUUUAAUUACUAACUAUUUCAAAAAUUAACAGUGUGCUUGUGAAUAAUAACAAAGUAUCUAUACUUUUUUUGUAUAGAUUGUGUGCAGUUAGAAUAUUUCAAAAUUCAAAACAAUUAUAUAAUUACAGGUUGCCCGUAAAUUGGCCAUGGUUGAAGCUGAUCUCGAAAGAGCUGAAGAACGUGCUGAAGCCGGAGAAAAGUGAGUUUCAUUUAUACUUUUCAUUUUUCCUUCUUUUAUACGCACAACUUCUAUAUCCCAUAUCCCAAUCCCAAUCAAAAAAAUCCCCCACUAGGAAAAAAAAAACUAAAGAUAAUGCUAAACUAAUUGGAAUUAAGCAAAAUUGUUGAACUCGAAGAAGAGUUGCGUGUUGUCGGUUACAAUCUCAAAUCCCUUGAAUUGUCCGAAGAAAAAGCAUUGGAAAAGGAAGAUAUUUUCGCCGAUCAAAUCCGUCAACUCGAUUUCCGACUUAAAGAGGUCUGAAUCAAGUUGUGAUGAGAUUCAAACUUCCCCCGAACCUUUGGAACACCUUCAGAUAUUUCUUUGGUUUCACUAAUCCAAUUCAAAAUCGCUCUAACAAACUGCUUCUUUGUAAAAACAAAAACAAAACUCUUGAGUGUGUGUCGUGAAUUUUUGAAACAUUUCUGAUCCACAAAAAAUGUUCAAUCAUUUUUCAGAAAAGCAAAUAUAAAUAAGCGUGAACUUCAUGGAAUAAUUUCCAACUUGCGUGAACUUGAAAUCUCACAUGAACAACUAACACUUCGCGAUUUGCAAUUAACAAAAAUGUUGGAAAAAUCGGAUGAAUUUCGAUUAGAGGUCCCUUUUAUGUCCACCCCUCAUACCUUUUCCUAUUAUUUUUUAAGUUUAAUUCCCUUUUCACAAAAUUGUGAUUGUGAUAGUGAAUUUUGAUAUUUUGUUCAGCAAGAUCGUCGAAUUGGAAGAAGAAUUGCGUGUCGUCGGAAACAACUUGAAAUCAUUGGAAGUCUCAGAAGAAAAGGCUCUUCAACGCGAAGAUUCGUAUGAAGAACAAAUCCGCACUGUCUCAUCAAGACUGAAGGAGGUCCGUGAAUAUUAUUAUUAUUAUUUUUGUGAUUACUGUAGUAGAAGUGUUUUGUCUCUACGUUGUGUCCAAAAAUUGUAUCGAUUCAUGUAUUCAUUUUGAUUUUUUCAGGCUGAAACCCGUGCUGAAUUCGCCGAACGCUCGGUCCAAAAAUUGCAAAAGGAAGUCGACAGACUCGAAGGUUCGUUAUUUUUUCCAGUUUCAGAUUUUGUCUUUGUUCAGUUCAGUCCAGUUUAGUCAUAACUACAGUGUAGUUGAAAAAAUUGUGUUUUGUUCUGUUAAAAGUGAAUAUUUUUGUGUACAGAUGAAUUGUUGCUCGAAAAAGAGCGCGUACGAAACUUGACCGAAGAAAUCGAACAAACUGUCCAAGAAAUCCAAGGAUCAUAA